AUUCCUGACGCCAUUGCCCACUGUAUAUCGGAGCGCACGGCCUCUCUUCCAGCAUCGCACCUGAAAAAAAAAAAAAAUCAAUCCCUCGUCAAGAUGCCCUUGUCUUCAAAGAAGAAGCUCAGCCCGAGCAAUGCUGCAGCAAACAAAGCCGCUACCGACUCCGCUCAGUCCUCGUCUAGUGAGGGACCUUCCACAGGGACGGGAAAGACAAAUAUUAAGUCGCACAAGAGGUCUCGUUCUGGCUGCUUUACCUGCCGCCUCCGUCGAAAGAAGUGCGAUGAGCAACACCCAUCCUGCGGUGCUUGCAUUAAUCUUUGUGUGAAAUGCGAGUACAAGCGCCCGAUCUGGUGGGGAAAUCCCGAGCAAAGGCGCAUUCAAAAGGAGCGCAUCAAGCACAAGAUCAAGCAAACCAAGAUGAACGAGCGCAAUGGAACACUUACUGUGGACCAGUCUGGCCGGAGCCGCAGCUUGGCUAUUACAUCGCCAGCGACUCCUGAGUUUGAAUUCAACCGGCCCGUCUUCGCAGAACAGCAGGACAUCUUUGCUUCGCAUUUGCCAACGCCAGCUAUGACUCAACCAAUCUUCGAGUCUUAUCCUCCAUUUGAGAUUGACGUCAAGACUGAGAGACAGACUUAUGUCAACGAUGUCCCCUUGCGACACGACUCCAUGAACUCCACGUUCAGUACCUUUGCUCCUCCGCAGUUGAACGCACCGCUACCGACUUUCCCCCAGGAAGAGUGGUUCCCCGACGAGUACUUCUCCCAGGCCCCUGCACUCCCCGGCAUCGAUCCGGCCCUAUGUGACCAGAGCAUCCAGCAGACCUACGCGAUCUUGCAGUCCAAUAUCCCGGUCAGUGACCAUGACCGGCCCUUGCUCGACCACUUCAUCAACAAUGUCUUGCGCAUUAUCUUUCCCAUCGUGGAGGCACACCAACGCGGGCAUUUACGAGCACAAGCCAUCCUGCAAGCAUUGGAAACUAACAAGACUUAUCUUCACUGCUGUCUCAGUGUUGCGGCGAUUCAUCUAAAGACCACGGAAGGCAUCGUUGGGGAGCAGAUUGACCACGACAUUAUGCGACACCGGUUCGAUGCGGUUUCCCAACUGUGCCUCGCACUGGGUGAAGAUACGAAACAUGAGGAGAUUCUGGACGCCACACUGGCGAUGAUCUUCUUCCAUUGCUCCGUGGGUCCCGCCGACGACUACCUGCCCGAUAUUCCCUGGUAUGAUCACUUCCAAGCCGCGUCGAACUUGGUGAGCCGGCUUGGUCUUUCGACCACGCCUCCAUGUGGAAACCCAUAUAUGCUUCCCCCCUUUAGUAUGACACUGACCUCGUGGAUUGACAUUCUUGGAUCAGCCAUGCAUGGAAGAACGCCUGAGUUUGCGCACACCUACCGUGCAAAACACCUAAGUGGAACGUCCUUAGGAUUGCGUGAGCUCAUGGGCUGCGAUGACCGCGUUAUGUACUUGAUCUCCGAAAUCGCAUGUCUUGAUGCAUUGAAGAAGGAAGGCAGAGUCGAUGCGAUGGCGGUUUGCUCCCACGUUUCGGCCCUGGGGCGACAAUUAGAAUUCACCGAACCCGCCGAUCAGACACUCGAGAGCCCCUACACCCUGGCAGGAGUCCUUCGCCCCGACAUCCUGACCAAGAACAUGACGGCCGUCUUCCGGAUCGCCGCGAGGAUCUACCUGUGCAGCCUGGUUCCCGGCUUCGACCGAACCCAGCAAAGCAACAUUAACCUGGUGGCAGCCGUUGCGAGCACCCUUCAGUAUAUCCCGACCGGUCAGAAUGGAUAUGAUCGCUCACUGGUGUGGCCACUGCUUGUCACAGGAGCGUUUUCGACACCAAACAGCUCCUUCCGGGCCGUUUUGGCAGAGCGGUCUGCCGCCCUUGGACACCACGCCGACCUCGGGAGCUUUGGACGCAUGUACCGGGUGUUGCAGGAAGUGUGGCGAGUGACCGACGACCCCAUCGAAACUUUCUGCCAGGUGGACGAUAGUCCCGUUGAGCCUUCAUCGUCGAGCGAUCCCAUCAAGCUUGAGCCAUCCGAGCCAUCCGAGGAGAUCGGCACCGACUGGGCGUUGAAAGAAAUCAAAAGACCGCAGAUUCAUUGGCGCGAAGUUUUGCUGCAGAAUGGGUGGAACUACCUUCUUAUUUAGAUUAUUCGCGUACUCCCCUCUCUUUCUCCAUGGGAUUGCAUCUCAUAACGUUUUAAGCGUCCCUUGAAGGGACCCAUUUCAAGCGGGCUUGAAUAUGCGACCAACUCGGAGAUCUCGAGAGUCAUAAUCUGCGCCAAGGGGAUAUCAAAUGAACGCAAAUGCUCUUACCGGUUGAGUGAUGGCUGGGUCUCAUCAUUCAUAACCACGACUGGGCUUGUUGCUCCGCCACAUUUGCUUUCAGGAAACGACCAUCUAUCCUGGACUGUGUCAACUUGGUGUCGGCUCUUGGAUCUGUUUCCAUUCUUUAUACAUACAUCAUCGGCUCUGUUUCACUGCUGGUCAGGAGAUCAUGACACGAAAGGCUACGAGGAACCACUGGACCUGUGGCGAUAGGUGCAGAAGCGCGGACAGUCAUACCCCCUUAUUAAGGUGUUCCGGCGUUAGGAGUGAAUUUGGCUUGUCUUGGGAAUUUAUAUAAAUAUAAAAAAAAGUCUCAUCUAUAUGCUGUUGGCACUGUAUUUCUCCAUGCAUGAUGACCUGAAUUGAUUCAACGGACUUAUAUUGCUUGAUAUCCUCCGUUCCUGCGUGUUUUGAAUAUGUUAU